AUGGACAUCAUGUGUUCCUCCGUCCGUUUCGUGUUCUUCGAAAUAUUGGGCAUCUUAACAUCUGCGUACGCCGAGCACCUUCGAGUUGGCUGGCCGUCCGGCGCCUACGGCGCUAUUGGUGGCCCCAGCGGAUCUGGCACCAAUGGCGGCUACACCGGCUUUGCCAUCAUCAACGACGCCGGUGAGGCUGUCUACGAUCAAGCUUACCCCAACGAUCACUCUCCCUGUUACAACACUGGAGACGGCCGUACGUUCACCAUCGAGGGCGACUGCUGGGACACUGGACAAGUUUUCCACUGCAAGUCAGACCUUGGCGACGCGCCCAAGACGUGCGAGGUGAAGGAUAGCAAUGGCAAUGUCCUUGGUAGCGGCACGCACAUAGCAAAAGGAUAA